AUGUUCGUCAAUGUUGCCUUGUUUGGGCAGUGUGUUGAAAACAGGUCCACUUUCGAGAACCGAAUAACGCGUGGGCCGGCGCGAGCGCUACCGCGAAACAGUGCGCAGUCGCGAGGCAGGGAUCACGCACGUCGCUGGCGCGCCUGUUCCACGCUGCACUGGACGCAACGCCUACCAGACCGAGGUGUGGUGUCGGCGCGGUAUACGCUGCCAACUUUGGUGUUUGUGCUCGGCGGUCCAGGUUCGGGUAAAGGCACACAGUGCAGACGCCUUGCGGAGGAGCUGAACUGGGCGACGGUUUGCGUUGGGCAGUUGCUUCGGGAGGAGGCCACACUUCGUCGAAAAGAACCUCGCGGUGCAUACCUUGAACACCUCCUGAGCCGCGGUGAAAUAGUGCCGGGGCAUAUAACCAUUGAGCUGCUGCUGGAUCGCUGCGCCGCUUUUUCCGGGAAGAGUGGCGGCAUUCUUGUGGACGGGUUUCCGCGGGCCCUGGAGCAGGCCGAGGCCUUCGAGCGAGCCGCUGGCGCGUCGUGCGCGUUUGCCGUUUUCUUUGCGUGUAGUGAAGAUGUAAUGAUCUCACGUUUACUAGAGCGUGGGAGAACAAGCAACAGAACCGACGAUAACCUCGAAACCAUUCAACGACGACUGAUAACCUUCCGACAUACCAGCAUGCCGGUGAUUGAAAAGUACCGGCAGCUCGGAAAACUGGUCGAAAUCAACGCCGACGCCGACGUCGACUCGGUUGCAGCAGCAGUACGCCGAGAAUUUGCGAUACGCGGUUUUACACGAAAUGUAAAUGUAGAGAUUUGA